AAAGUCAACAAUCAUCAGCCACUGUGAUGGACAAUCACAAGCUAUUCGUUGGAAGCACCUACGAUGGUCUACUGAUACUAGAAGCGUCUAGAUUAGGUCUCUUACCACGAGUUACCAGACGCUUGAAAGAAGCUGAACGAGAUUUAGUACAAUCUGGCUCUGUAUUCGUAUUCGAUGAGCAUGAGUCUGGUAUGAAAAGGUGGACAGAUGGUCUCUAUUGGUCACCAUCGCGUAUUUUAGGCAAUUUCCUGAUAUACAGAGAAACUAACAAGACAAAACGCAACUCUCAGUCAACAUCGGCGCAACAACACUCCAGCACUAGCUACUCUGUUGACACCUUUGACCCCAUCAAUCAAAAUAGCUCAGAUGACGAACAUGGAUCGGAGAAGGCCAAGGAAAGGUCGCUUGUCGGUAGCUUAACGAAGAGUGAUAUGUUUAAAGACUCAGGGCUGGUGAAGAAGACAAUGUCUCUUAGCUUUAACGGCUCAGCACAGCAUCUUAUAUCUUACUAUAGAGUUGAAGAUGUUCAGAAGGGUCGCCUUAGAGCACCUUCCACUCUUCCUGAAUUCCAGUCUCUUUCGAUAUCACAAGAAUACCUUAUAAAAUCAAACUUUAGAUGCCCAAUUAGAACGGAAGUCGAUCCAGAUGGUUUGCUCAGAUAUAGAGGUGAACAUGAGGAUCUUUCCCAGUAUAGUCCACCUUCAAUACAGGCAGCUUUGCCAAAUUACCAGCAACAUCAAAAAUCUAGAUCGCGUAACAAUAGUUACUCGAGUUAUUCCAGGGCUGGCAGUAGAUCUCCUCCAUAUACAUCAACAUCCCCUGCCGUAGCCAUAAACAAUGGUGUGGGUAAAUCAUCUCCAACAUCAAUAGGUAGCCACAGGUACACUCCAUAUGGUAGUCCAACCUCCAGGACAAUUACCAACUUGCCAAUGUCAAUGCAUGCUGUAUCACCAAUAGUGUCUUCUUCGCAACCCGUCCAUAGACACCCCGGGAUGUUACAGGCACCAUUCGACUAUUACAACAGUUACGCAGGAGUCCAGGCACCUGUUCCAACACAACCUCCACCUCAAUAUUUUCCUAAUCAAUUCAACAAUAAUAAUGAAACCAGCUAA